CUAUCCAGAAAUUGACCCCAUAUUUGACCUCCCUUUCCCGCGCUUUACGAUCACGUUGAUCAAAGAAGAAAACAUACACAAUGGCGGAUGAGACCUCUUCUUCCGACCCCUUCAGUGCUGCCACCAGCCCAUCCAGGGCAUCAAGGCGUUCUCGAAGGAGCAGCAGAGGUGACCCUGUGACCUCCAGCCCAGGUCGUGACCUUCCCCCAUUUGAAGACGAGUCUGAGCUCUUGGGCGAGACACGGGAGGAGGAUGAGAUUCAGAAUGAAGAAGAAGAUGGAGAAGAAUUAUUUGGGGAUAAUUUGGAAAGGGAUUACCGUGCCAUCCCUGCCCUGGACAAGUAUGGGUCAGAAGGGAUGGACGAGGGAGAAUACAGUGACCUGUCUCAGGGGGACAGGAUGGCCGCAGAGAGGGAGAUGAGGAAGAGGGACAGAGAGCAAGGCCUGGCCAGUGGACGUAUGAGGAGAGGGCUGCUGUAUGAAGAAUCAGAUGAGGAAGAAGAGGAGCGUCCGUCCAGGCGGCGGCGUUUGGCAGAAAGAGCUGCUGAGGGUAUGGGGGAAGAUGAAGAGAUGAUAGAGAGUAUAGAAAACCUGGAGGACAUGAAGGGACAUAGUGUAAGGGAGUGGGUUUCCAUGCUUGCUCCCCGUACAGAAAUCAAGAACAGGUUUAAGAAUUUCCUCAGGACAUUUGUGGAUGAGAAGGGUCACAAUGUUUUUAGGGAGAAGAUAAGGCAAAUGGUUGAAGGCAACAAGGAAAGUCUGGUGGUUGACUACAACCAUUUGGCCAGUGAGGAACAGGUGCUUGCUUUCUUCCUGCCAGAAGCUCCCACAGAAAUGCUGAAGAUCUUUGAUGAGGCUGCCAAAGAGGUUGUGCUAACCAUGUACCCAAAUUAUGAAAAGAUAGUGAAGGAGAUUCAUGUGAGAAUUUCUGACCUGCCUCUAGUGGAGGAGCUCAGGACAUUGAGACAGCUUCACCUGAACCAGCUGAUCAGGACCAGCGGUGUCGUCACCAGCACCACCGGCGUCCUCCCACAACUGGCCAUGAUCAAGUACGACUGUAAUAAGUGUAACUUCAUCCUGGGCCCUUACUAUCAGUCUCAGAACCAGGAGGUGAAACCUGGCUCCUGCCCAGAAUGUCAGAGCAGUGGGCCAUUUGAGAUCAAUAUGGAACAGACAAUUUACAAAAACUACCAGCGAAUCACAAUACAGGAGAGCCCUGGCAAGGUGCCACCAGGUCGUCUGCCAAGGUCCAAAGAUGCAAUCCUCUUGGAUGAUUUGGUGGACACAUGUAAACCUGGAGAUGAAAUUGAACUUACUGGUAUAUACAACAACAAUUACGACGGCUCGUUGAACACAGCCAAUGGAUUCCCAGUAUUUGCCACAGUUAUCCAGGCAAACUUCAUCACAAAGAAAGAUGACAAGAUGGUGGUGGGAGCUCUCACAGACGAGGACAUCAAGGCCAUUGUGGCUCUGUCGAAAGACCAACGGAUAGGAGAAAGGAUAUUUGCCAGCAUAGCGCCAUCUAUCUACGGGCACGAGGAUAUCAAGAGAUCCAUUGCACUGUCCAUGUUUGGAGGAGAACCUAAGAAUCCUGGUGGCAAACACAAGGUCCGUGGUGACAUCAACGUGUUGUGCUGUGGAGAUCCGGGAACAGCCAAAUCACAGUUUCUGAAAUACGUGGAGAAGGCCGCCCCACGCUGCGUCUUCACUACUGGUCAGGGGGCAUCGGCCGUAGGUUUGACCGCCUAUGUCCAGCGCCACCCAGUGACCAGGGAGUGGACACUGGAGGCAGGUGCCCUGGUACUGGCGGACAAAGGGGUCUGUCUAAUUGAUGAGUUUGAUAAGAUGAAUGAUGCAGACAGGACCAGUAUACACGAGGCUAUGGAACAACAGAGUAUCUCCAUCUCAAAGGCGGGCAUUGUCACAUCCCUGCAGGCCAGGUGCGCAGUGAUUGCUGCCUCCAAUCCCAUUGGUGGACGCUAUGACCCCUCGCUGACGUUCUCAGAAAAUGUUGACCUGUCCGAGCCCAUCUUGUCCCGUUUUGACAUCUUGUGUGUAGUAAGAGACACAGUGGACCCUGUGCAGGACGAGAAAUUGGCCAAGUUUGUUGUUGGCAGCCAUGUCAAGCAUCACCCGAAUGUCACUGCAGGGGAAGGCGGAGAUGCCAUUGCUGAUAUGAACCAACUGGAUGAGUCUGGCUUGGAGAAGAUCCCCCAGGACCUUUUGAAGAAAUACAUCAUCUAUGCCAAGGAGAAGAGCCAUCCCAAGCUGAACCAGAUGGACCAGGAUAAGGUGUCCAAGAUGUAUUCUGAUCUCAGAAGGGAAUCCAUGGCCACGGGGAGUAUUCCAAUCACUGUCCGUCACAUAGAAUCCAUGAUCAGAAUGGCAGAAGCUCAUGCACGCAUGCACCUGCGAGAUUACGUGAAUGAGGACGAUGUCAACAUGGCCAUCAGGAUAAUGCUGGAGAGCUUUAUCAACACACAGAAGUUCAGCAUCAUGAGGAGUAUGAGAAAGACAUUUUCCCGGUAUCUGUCAUUCAAGCGUGACAACAACGAACUCCUUUUGUUCAUCUUGAAGCAGCUUGCCCAGGACCAGAUGGCUUUCCAGAGAAACAGAUAUGGGACCACUGACCAAGAUUACAUUGAGAUCUCAGAGAAAGAUUUAGCAGACAAAGCUCGACAGAUCAACAUUCACACUUUGUCUGCAUUCUACGACAGUGAUAUUUUCCGUCAUAACAGAUUCCAACAUGACACCAAAAGAAAACUCAUCAUCCAAAACCUGGUGUAAAAUACACAUACACUUGACGACAAAGGCAACUUUCAAAAGAACUACUUGACAUGUGUAUAUAAAAUGAUCAGAGAGCUGUCUUUGCCUGAGAUAUUUUCUUAUGAAACAAACAUGGAAAAUGGAUUUGUUUAUCUUCUGAUAAAAAUGCCUGUAUCAUGUGAAUACAAUUUAAAACUGACUAAAUAUCUUGUGUCACAAUUAUAGAUUACAUGUAUCGAGAAACAUGUAAAAGCAUGGCAAAGUACCUUGUAAUAUAUUUUGGAGCUGGCUUGUAUCAUAAUUUAAGGUUAGCCUUAAUGUUGUGUGUAAUAUUUGAAACUUGAAUUAGUUUGUAUCUUUAUUAGCUAGAAGACGUGUUUCACGGUAUUUUGGCAAAAAAGAGAAAAUUGAAAUGAGACAAAAUUUUCACCUGUAGUUAAUCUGCUUCUUACUGACAUUUUAAAAAUGAGCGAUUUCUGCCACAGGUUCUAUUAGGUAGGAGCCUUAUGCUUACUUCCUUCAGAAAUGAUUUCCCUUUUUGCCAUCAUUACUGGAGAGGCACUGAAAAACCACGUAAAGUUCCACGUUAUUCUUAGGACUACAGGUGCUUGAUGCACUGCAUUUGUGUGAGUUAAUGAAUGACAUUAUGUCUUGAGAACAUUCCACCCAAUGGUAAAUUUAAUUUUGAAUAAGUUUCUUUAUACAAAAAUGUUUUGUAUAUACAGUCCACACACCUUGUAUAAAUAUGACUUAGUAAAUUGUUUAUGUUAUCACAGAA